UUUAAGAUGGUUCUCGCGCGCGGAUCGAUUAUUUUACUACUACUGACAGUAAUAAACGUAGACGCUAAAAUCUACGAGCGGUGCGAAUUGGCACGCGAAUUGAGGAAUUUCGACUUGCCAGAAGAUGAAGUGCCCACCUGGAUCUGUAUUGCUGAGCACGAGUCCAACUUCGAUACCGGAGCGAUGAAUUUGGGCAGCGGCGAUCACGGAUUGUUCCAGAUUUCUGAAAUUUAUUGGUGUUCGCCUCCCGGAUACGGUUGCAACAGUCCUUGCUCAAAAUUUCGAGACGAAAACAUUGCAGAUGAUCUACAAUGUAUCCGAAGAAUCUACAACGAACAUACUAGAAUUUCUGGCAACGGCUUCGAUGCUUGGGUGGUUUAUCCUUUGCAUUGCAAAAAUAUCACUUACGAUUUCAUCCAAGAUUGUUUUGACGAAAACGCACCCUAUAAUUCCACUACUGAUAACGAAAUUUCUACUGAUGAAGAUUUGAAUGGAGAUGGAUAUAAUUUUCCUGCCUUGCCAAAUAAAGACGAUGGCGACGGUUACGAGUUUCCCAAACUACCAACCAGAGAGCAAAAAGCUCUAUUACCAUUUUACAAAAUAUAUUAUGAAUUUCCAAAGUUUCCUGCCGACAAAGAUUCUAUUCAUCAUUCAGUUUCUGCAUAUAACGAUAUCAAAACAAAUCCAUUUUUAAGCGGUAAAAUCGCAGCAAGAGGCUCUAUUCAUGACUCUAUUUCAGUUGGAGAAUAUUUAACAAAAUCUAUAAGCAAUAAUAUCAAAACAAACCCAUUUUUGAAUGGUAAAUUCUCUAUAUCUAAAACAUCAAUUUAUGAUUCUGUGUCGCUGAAAUCGAAUCCUUUCUUGAAUUCUCAUAAACAAUAUGAUAUUGAUUUUGAUAUUGAAUCGACGUCGGACAAUGAAAUUGAGGUCUCUACAAUGUCUACUAGUAAGGAACAUGUUUCUAGACCAGAAAUCCCAAAGCCUAUUCAAGGAAAUCUAUUUUUGACUGAAUAUUCUACAGCAACUUCUUCCACAAAAUCUCAAAUUUUUACUAGUAGAACUUCAUCAAGAACAAAAAGUCCAACUUCUUCUACAUCUGAUAAAAACACCAAAUCUUCGGUGCCAUUUAAAACUUCGACUGUAUCAUCGAGUUUUUUCACUAGACCACCAUUAUCAACCACCCAUAAAGCUCCAACAACUGUAUUUCAAAGCAAAGUAACUUCUAGAACUCAAAAAUCAGGUUCAUUUGCUGUGGCUUCAAGGCAUUUAAAUAGUUCAGCAAUUUAUACUACAACCUCAAAACCUUCUACAUCUUCUUCAACAACUAGAAAAGCAUCAACUACGAUUGUAAACUUACAACCUUUUACUAAAACCAGUAGAACAUCAACUAACUUCCAUAUUAAUGCAAAAAUUUCUACCACAACAACAAAAUCAUCUAUUUCAACUACUGCAAAACCAGCUUAUCAUUCGAGUUCAUCAACUACCUCUAGGAAACAAUUUGGUUCCUUUACCAGAACCACAACGGCUGAUUUAGAAGCUGCUAGCUCAACCUUUACGCCCCGCUUCACCACUCCCAAACCAUUUUAUUCCAAUUCUGCAACAACAGUAAAUCCGUCAGAACGUCAAGUAACCUUUGCGCCAGACUCGUGGUUCAGUUGGUUGUUCAGCACUCAAACUUUGCCUCCUUUGGUGGCACCGCCGAGACCUGGCAGCAGGCCUGAGGGCUCAGGCCCAUCACCUUUGAGACCUACAGGAGGUCCUUUCAAUUCUAGUACCACAAGAAGGCCUUUACCAAGGCCUACACAUCUACUGCCAGGAAAUUCUAGUACCACAAGAAGGCCUUUACCAAGGCCUACACAUUUACUGCCAGGAAAUUACAGUACGACAAGGAGACCUUUACCAAGGCCUACACAUUUACUGCCAGGAAAUUACAGUACGACAAGGAGACCUUUACCAAGGCCUACACAUCAUCUUCAGCCAGGAAGUUUCAGUACGCCAAAAAAACCUACACAUCUACAGCCAGGGUCUUCUACAACUGUUGUAGAGUUUAUUACAACUAGGAGUUCUUCACCAAAUGUCGAUAGAGUUACAAGAAGACCAAUGCGUUGGCAACAAAGACCUCAUCCUCCUAGAAGACACCCAGUGCAGCUCAGAAGUGAUGAAGAUGGUUAUGAGGAAGUGCCAAUCGACGAGCAUGUAGUUUAUUUGAGAAGCAAAUACGGUUUUCAAUUAUUUCGUGUUUAGCAUCAUUUUGUAGCGGGAAAUUAAGACUGAUUUUAAUUUGCUCAAUAAAUGGUUUUCUUUUUGUUAGUUUGGUGGUUGUUUCAUUUAAUAUCACUGAUUAUACCAAAAAACUUCCAUUCCAUAUUGAUCUCUUGAUGGAAACUCUUGUAGAUUGCAUUCGGGAGUCGUUACAGUUUGUUG